AGGCUUGGUUUCCAGAACUUACUGUUUUCGACACGCUCACACGCUCACACACACACAACACGUGCAGUGAAGCCCAUCUGUUGAGCAGCGCUUCUGCCUCUUCGAGUUUCGCGCUUCCGUCAAACGGUUGGUUCCUAUUGGGGCUCGGAAGCACCUUCUGGCACCUACAUACAAGUUAUGGGGCUUUCUUUCCCGCUCAUCCGUUUUGGCAUACCUUCUCUUUUUCUCUUCUGUUUUUUCUUUUCUCCACCAGGCUAACAAUUCUUUCCGCACCGGGCUAAUCCUGUGAAGAGAGGUAUUCCGCUGCCUUCUGUUUGUUUGUUGGUUUGUUAUUUUACGUUGCCUACUUCUUCCUAUACUACCUGUCUAGUUUCGCAGGCUUUUCCCCUGUUUUUCGCUGUGUUUACCAACGCUAUAGAAAGCUGGAAAAAAAAAGCAUGGUGCUGUCUUCAAAGCUCGGGGUUGCGCGCGUGUUCUGCAGUUUCAAUGUCAUCUCCUUAGCGCUUCUCGCCUUCCAAAAUGCUGGCUACAUUGUACUUAUGGGCUACGCGCAGCAGCUGCAGGACAUGCGGCGGACAGCGGGUGAGCCUCCCGUAAAGCGUCUCGUCUCAACGCAUUUUCUCGCCACGACGGAGUUUGCGAAGCUGUGCAUGUCGAUCGUGUGGUGCAUGGUGGACGUGCUGCUCGAGAUGCGGGUAGUGGAGCUGGAGGUGCUGCUCGAUGACGUCGAUGUGGAUGCUGAUCAGUGUCCAGAAGACAAGAACGCUAUCUUUUUCGAAGGCGUAGACGCAGCAGAAGGCAUGAGGAACCCCGUCUCCUCCACGAACCCUGUAGCGGCUUUUCCCGCGUCGCCCUCUAAGCCUGUCGUGUACGACGACUACCUCCGCUGCCGCCUCUUCGCCCACCCCACCUUUUCGGCACAGUUCGUUUCCCGCAUGCGCCAUGCCGUCGGCCUCGAUGGCAACUACAAGGAGGCGCUGCUGAUGGUGGUGCCGGCGGUACUGUACACCAUCCAAGGGCUGCUGCUCAUCUUGGCUCUGCAGCACCUGGACCCGACGGUGUUCCAGAUCCUCUACCAGGUGCGCAUCCUGUUCCUGGCGAUGAUGAUGCGCGUCGUGUUGGAUUUUCGGGUGUCGCCGGUCCGGUGGGCGGUGCUGAUGGCAUUGACGGUUGGCAUCAUCCUCGCGCAGCUCUCGAUGCAGCGCCUGGAUAAAGAAGAGGAGACGGAGCAAACUCACCGGUCGUGGUCGAUUGAGGGUACGCUGGCCGCCCUCGCCGGCGCCCUCCUCAGCUCUUUUACCGGUGUCUUUACGGAGUACGUUUACAAGAAACGCGGCAACCACUUCGCACUCUCCGCUCGCAGCAUUCACCUCGCCUUCUUCUCACUCGUGUACUUUUCUUUUGUCUUUGCGCGCGAUAUCUGGACGGCGGACGAGAAGUCGGACAUGAGCAGCGGACUCGGCGGCUUCUUCGCGACCUUCUUUGACGGGUUUACGGGUCUGGUGUGGUUUCUUGUGGUGCUGCAGGCGAUGGGCGGCAUCCUUGUCGCGCUGGUUGUGCGCUACUGCGACAACAUUGUAAAAUCCUUCUCGACUGCCUUUGCCAUUGUGCUGAGCGGCACGGCGUCGGUGUUUCUCUUUAAUCUGCCGCUCGAGCCGAUGUUCCUGCUGGGUUCCUUCCUCGUGAUUAGCUCCAUCACCGUGUACAGCGUGAAGAGGUGA